AUGUUUCUCACUUACUUCCAAAUGGCCUCCAAGUCACCUCCUUCGCUCCACGUUUCCACCUGGCAACCAUCUGAGAGCAAGUCUGUCUGGCAUGUGCCAAGAAAGAGAGUCCGGAUGGACAAUGGCUCUUUGGCCCUCACCAUCUUCCUCUGGAUCUGGUCCUUUGGUCAGCAUCAUCACCUGGAGAAUUGCUCCAAAGCACUGGGGAUCCCUAACUGCCACUUCACCGCUGACCAGACCUGGCACCCGAGGGCCGACACCAUUGUCACGCACCACAGGGGUGUUUGUAGGGCCCCUCAGCUGCUCCCUCAAGGCCAGAGACCAUGGCUCCAGCACUGGACCUGGUUCAACAUGGAGCCCCCCAGCCUCUCCCCAAACUUCACCUCCAUGGACAGCCUCUUCAACCUCACCAGGACCUACAGGAGAGAUUUGGACAUCUUCCUCCCUUAUGGGCAGCUCAGAGUCCUCGCUAAGCACCAUAACCCAGCCAUGCCACUCAAGAGCAAGAUGGUGGCCUGGGUGGUGAGCCACUGGAACCUGGGCUCCCACCUAGAGAAGUAUUUCCAGGACCUGAGCAGGUACCUCCCUAUGGACCUCUAUGGCCCCAACCAGACCCUCCCUGCUUCCAAAAGCUUCUCCAUUUUAUCCAAGUACAAGUUCUACCUGGCCUUUGAGGACUCUGUUCCUGAAAACUACAUCACCAUGCAGUUCUGGAGGAACACCUUGACCGCCCUGACCAUGCCCAUUGUCCAGGGGCCCCCUUGGAGGAACUACCAGCAUCAUCUGCCCUCUGGGGCCUUCAUUCACAUUGACCACUUCCAGAUGGCCAAGGACUUGGACCUCUUCUUGCACAAACUGGACAGGAGCCCCAACCAAUACUGGCGUUGCUUCAGGUGGAGCUCGUGGCUGGAGCCCGUCCUGGAGUCCAUCCUGGCCACUCCGUUUCUGCAAAGCCUGCCACGUCCUGCAAUGGAAAGCAGCCACUUUCCAGAUGGUGCCAGUGGUUCAAGUGGAGUGGAGGGAAUUCUGUUUGCAUGGAACAAAGGACAUGCUCUGCUUAACCAGCUGCACUCUCCAAGAAGAGGCGGUCGGAGGGGUCAAGAGAGGUCCCUGGCUCUUACCUUGGACAGCUCAGAUCUAAGGGCAUGGGGACCAGUUUUAUAA